UUGAAAACACAGUCCGGCGGGCCCAAAAGCGAACCCGAUGAAGAAGGCGUGAUAUGUAUGUUAUGCAAAACCCUAAACACAUUAAGGUUUGGCUGUAACCCAGAGCUCCUUCGCCUCAUCGAUAGUUUAAAGUCUCGUUUUGACAAUGGUGAGGGUUAGUGUGUUGAAUGAUGCUCUGAAGAGCAUGUACAACGCCGAGAAGCGCGGGAAGCGCCAGGUCAUGAUUAGGCCAUCCUCCAAGGUCAUCAUAAAAUUCCUAUUGGUCAUGCAGAAGCACGGGUACAUUGGUGAGUUCGAGUAUGUUGAUGACCACAGGGCUGGGAAAAUCGUGGUUGAAUUGAAUGGGCGGCUGAAUAAGUGUGGGGUUAUUAGCCCUCGCUUUGAUGUUGGUGUCAAAGAGAUUGAAGGUUGGACUGCAAGACUACUACCCUCAAGACAGUUUGGGUAUAUUGUCUUGACAACCUCUGCUGGUAUCAUGGAUCAUGAAGAGGCUAGGAGAAAGAAUGUUGGUGGUAAAGUGUUGGGUUUCUUCUACUAGGCUUGCUUUUUGUUUGAGGUUCGCUCCGAUGAAGUUUGAGAUUCACCAGUUUUGAUGGACCAUGUGCUAGUUUGCUAGCGCCAUAAGUUAUAGAGAGCAGGAGUUUUAAUUAUUAUUAUUUCCUUAUUCUAGCAUGCGCAUUUUACUGUUUGUGAAAACGACUUGGUCAUUCUAAUCACUUUUUUUCCAUUCCAUAUUGGGUUGGUCGUUUUUGUUUAACGGGUAUGUAUUUAGAAUUGACAUGGUCAUUGGCGUUGUUGCAAUUGUUUUCUUCCAUUAAGGAAGCAAUAUGAGAAGUGCAGGAAGCAAUUCCGGAUGUGCAGAAAGAACACCCCAGCGAUGUUCGAUGGUUGGUGUUUUGCCU